AUGCCCUCUGCACUGGCCAAGAUUCGACACUCGUGGUCAAGAACAAAAACGCCGUCGACGACAGCGACGACGAAGGAGCCUCGCGAUUCCUCCGACUCGUCAACCACCGCACCAGCGCCCGCCGCCAGCACUACCACACAGACCGUGUCGGCCCCCACUACGAUGGCACAAGCCAAAUGCCAACAGGCUCAUGAGCAGGCCACUCAGGACUACAAGCCGCUAUUGGGCCGCGUCUUUGGCAUCACUGGUGGUGCCAGCGGAAUCGGUUUCGCCACGGCCAAGAUUCUCUCUCAGCGCGGCGCCACAGUGUGCGUCGCGGACGUCGAUCCAAAUGCGAUGAAAGAUGCGUCUGCGUAUUUCGCCGACCAGGGGAUCGAAUGUGACGUUGAGCGCGUUGAUGUAUCGAAGCGUGCGCAAGUCGACGCCUGGGUUGCGGGCGUUGUGGCUAAACAUGGGCGGCUAGACGGCGCGGCCAACGUCGCGGGUGUCAUUGGCAAGUGUCAUGGUAUCGCGACGGUGUCGCAGCUCGAGGAUGAGGACUGGGACAAGAUUAUCGGGGUCAACUUGACAGGGACCAUGUACUGCAUGCGUGCGCAGCUGCGAAAUAUCGCGCAUGGAGGAUCUAUUGUGAAUGUGUCGUCUAUUCACGGACUCAAAGGCUUCGCGAAACAUGCAGCUUACGACGCUAGCAAGCACGGCAUCGUGGGCCUUACGAAGGCCGCGGCGCUGGAAAAUGGCGACCGCGAGAUCCGCGUCAACAGUGUCGCCCCAGGCGCCAUAUACACGCCGCUGAUGCAGAAGAAUUGGGACUUUAACCAAAGACGCCCCGACGCGCCGUUUGACGAGCCCACGGCGUUUCAGCGCCAAGGUACAGCAGAGGAAACGGCGAAUGUGAUUUGCUUCCUACUCGGGCCCGAGAGCACGUUUGUUAGCGGUAGUGUGUACCAGGUGGACGGCGCAUGGAUCUAA